CAUUCAUAGCAUGGUGUGGCAGAAGGAAUUCAGGAGGUUAGUGGAUUCAUGUAUACAAGGCUGAACAAAAUUCAAGAACAUGCCGAACUCAGGCCACCAGACCAGAUCUUUGUGUGUGGUGAUUUUACCCAACAAAAUGCAACUCAACAUUAAUGUCGGGCUAAAGUGCAGAGGACAAGAGGUAAUCAACCAACUCUCCCAAUUACUUGGAACUGCAGAUCUACAUAUUUUUGGCCUGAGCUUACAAGAAGAUAACAGUCACCUUUUCCUGGACCUGAAAAAGAAACUAAUCACAUACUUCCCUGAAUCACAGAAGCCAACAAUACUGCCGAACAGGAUGUGUCUUCAUCUAAGAAUUCAGUACUACGUAAGAAACAGUCGGCAAAUUGUAGACGAGAAGGUUCGCAGUUUGUACUGUGCUGAUCUGAAAAACAGAGUUUUGAGCUCUCGGUGUUACGAGAAGGAAGGUCAAUACUUCCAACUGGCUGCAUACGCCUUACAGGCAGACCUGGGAGACUGGAAAGAGGAAACGCAAACUUACUUCACUCCCCAGGACUAUUUUCCACCUUGGAUUUUGGCAAGGCGAGGAUGUGACUAUGUGGUGCAGCAUACUCCAGAGCUGCACAAAGAGCUGAGAGGAAUGUCUGCAUAUGAUGCUUCUCUGCUCUACAUCGAGGAAUCCUGUAACCUGAGUGAUGUGCCUCUCACAUUCUACAGCAUGAGCAAGGGUAAAAAAGAAAAGAGACCCAGCAUGCAGCUGGGCCUGGCUUUGACAGGACUGCACAUAUAUGAACUAGAGAUAAACAGUGGAGAAAAUCAGCUUUUGUAUGAAUUGCCCUGGUCAAGUAUAGAUUGUCUUAAAUUUCAGGGUCGGCGUUUUGAGAUAAGUGCAGAUGCUCUGGCUGGGAAAGUCCUGGUCAUGUAUACCCAAUCAGUGCUUCACUCCCAACAUAUGCUGAAGCACAUUAGCAACAACCAUCGUGUGCAGCUACACACAAAACAUUCAUUCAAACAGCUGCAGAGAGAAGAGAAAAGGCAGCACAAGGAGGUGUACAUCAGGGACAGUACUGAUCCAGACUCAGAGGAUAGUGAAGAUGAGCUUCCACCUUUGAAGAUGUAUCUGGACAAGGCCCGGCAACAUCAUGCUGACACCAUGGCAACUGUCUCAAUAACAAAUGCCAGAGAUACAGCUCGGGGAAUUACUGGAAAAGUGCAAACAUCUGACUUAGAUGAGAUUGAGCUGUGUGUUGAUGAGCCAGGGGAGAUGUCUGUUGAUGAUACCGAAGAUAUCACACAGUUGAAUGAAUUCCUGGAGGGUGUUUCUGUAGAUGGGCCACCAUUUAUCACUGUGUCUCAGUGGAUAGAUUGUACAAUGGAGAUGAAACAGGUUUUAAAGUUGAGAGCUUGCAGUCUUUCUCUGGACCAGUGCAGCGGGAGUCUAGACAACACUUACGUCUCACAGUCGCUCAACUCUCCUGAAGAACAUGUCAGCACCCUACUGACAUAUAAGCCUAAAGAAGAAGACAUCAUGUUUUAGCUAUCUAACAUAAAGGUUGUUAAAUCUGUGUGUAUUAUUGUACAGAUCACCUUUUUCUCUUCCUCCAUUCCACAUAUAUACUUCCUUUAUACACUCAACCAUUGUCUAAUUUUGUCAUUCCAUCAGAAUGAACACAUGUAUAUAUGUAAAGAAUGCAUCAUUUUCCAGUCCAUUUUCACUGGGCACAAUUUGGCUAAGCAUGUUCUGUAGGUGACUAUCAGAUUCUUUAUAAAACGUAUGAAUUACUAUGCAUUUUAUUAUCACUUUAAACACAUGUGCAGUAGUGCCUAGCAUCUGAGCUCCAGGGAUUUCCUCUGGGUUCUCCACUUACCUUCUACUACACAAAAACAUUCUGGUAAUAGAUUAGAUUUUUGUUUGUAAAAUCUGACUGAGCUGUGAAUAAAGAUGUAUAUCAAGAAAAUUGACAUAAUAAUAAUAAUUUAAU